ACAAAUCUACGGUGUGAAGUUGGAUGGAAUUUGUUAGUUAUUUGUGUAGAGCUUACUAUUAAGGUUAUGUUGACAAGUUGAGUUUGUAGUGAAUAAUUGAGUAAAUACCUAGAAUAAUUUACAUAGCAGUAUCUAAGUGCGUAUCUAGUAAUGAAUGAAGUGUAUCAGGUAUCCGUUUGAAUAAGUGUGAGUGAUAAAAAGUGUUUUAUAACGACACCGACGCUUGUUGUUUUUGUUUGGUAACAACUUUGCCUAUAAAAUAUACCGUGGGUUAUUUUAAGUGAGUGAGCAUAAAAGGGGAAUUACUCUGAAAGUUGAACACUCUAAUAAUCUGUGAAGAGAAAGCGAUCUAGUUUAGUAAAAAUGGCAAACAGAGUGACGGGGACCUGUUGUACAGCUUCAGUUGAGAGGGCUGGCCUGCCAGGCUUGCUGCGUGAUCUGCAGAGACUAUCUGAAGAUCAAGAUUCAGCAGAUAUCGUAUUUAUAUUGGGAACUUCAGAAGAAAAAGUCUUCGCACACAGAAUAAUAUUGAUAGCCAGAUGCAAAAGUUUCCAGAACACAAAGCGCGGCGAGGUGUGUCGCAUCCCAGGGUGCACAGUGACGCCAUCUGUGGGAGCGCAACCCACACCCGUGCGGAUGUCACACGUUCAACCGGAAACCUUUCGGUUGUUUAUCCAGUACGUCUAUACGGGAAAGCUGCUAUUACAAGAUUCGAGAGUAUUUGAGAUGAUGACGUUAGCCGCGGACCUAGGGGUAGAGGACUUGCGUGCGGCUUGUGAAGACCACGUCACGUCUACUUUAAGUGUUGAAAGUGCCUGCACUUUACUAGCAGCCGCUUUGGAAAUUCAAGAUCGACCAGGUGGUAAGAGUGCAUCAUCAUUUAUGGAGAGGUGCAUAGCAUUUAUUGGUGAUAAUGCAGCGGAGUGUGUCAAGACAAAUGCAUUUCUCAAUCUGCCAAAAGAAGCACUUGUAAAACUCAUCUCCUCAGAUUUUUUGUGUUUAGAGGAAGAAGAAGUUUGGCGUUGUGGCCUAGCUUGGGCCAAACAACGUGCUGGAGUGACACAACCAACUGCACACUGGACAGAAGAAGAACGAGCAAGAGUGUGUCACCAUCUUGCACCACUAAUGCACCACAUACGGCUCCUGCUUAUUGAUAGUGCAGUGUUUGCGGAAGAAGUAGAGCCAACUGGUGCGGUGCCAAUGGAACUCUCCUUAGAGCGUUACCGGCGUGCGGCACUCCACGCAGCCCGUGCAGAUCCCGACAAACGCACUCAACCCAGGCUUGCUGUAAAUAUGUUUGCCGGAUCUGUCAUCCUACAACAAGACAAAAGUGGUUUCCAAACAGUAAUUAACAGUUGGUGUGGAACACCAAAGCAGUGUUGGAGGCUAGUUUUCAGGGCUUCAACACAUGGCUUUUCUGCACAAGCUUUUCAUUCACAUUGUGAUGGAAUAUCACCUGUCUUAUUACUCGUACAAUUGUCUCGUGGGCCGGUGAUAGGUGGCUGGUGCGAGACGGGGUGGGCAAGUGGGGCAGGGGGCGGUGCGGGAGGAUACAUCCCCGCAGAGAGGGGGCUUCUCUUCUCUCUCACCGACCCACCAGCCCUGUAUACGCUGACCAAGAAGGCGUUUGCGCUCUGCUACCAUCCUGAAUGCGGACCAAUAUUUGGCGCCGGAGCAGACUUACUGAUCUCUAAUAAUUGCAAUACAAAUUCAGAGAGCUACAGCAAUCUACACUCUUAUGGUGAUUCGUUGUCCCCAGCCUCUCUAACACCAGAGUACAGCUUCACCGUUCGGGACUACGAAAUAUUCACUAUUAAACAUAAUUAACUGUGAUUUUCAUAUUUAAAUAUAUAAACUUUGAUUUAUUAUUAUAUUCUGAACACAG